ACGUCGCUAUACGUCGUAUAACCCUAAGGUGGGUUGAAGUGCGUAUAUAGUUCUGGAACGAACUUUCCAAAAACAAACAAAUGAUUCGCACGGGUUUUAUUAUAUUUGCACUACAUAACAACGGGUGUUAUCGGUUCCAUCCGGAACUAACCUUCAGAAAAGAAAUUCGCACGUCAACAGUAACAAACAUUUUAUAAUGUUCUGAAAAUGGAGUCACGCUUUUGUUGAAUCGCAAGAAUGUUUUACGCAAACAGAAGCUAAGGCCGGUAUUCAUAGUCGAAUCCUAUAUCUAGACCAUCUUACAUUUAUCUUCAGAUAUUCCGUGGCCAAUGAAAUGAUCUGUACAACAUCUAAAGAUGAAAUUGAGUCUUACUUUGGCUGUGUUCCAAAAUUCACUGCCAGUACUAAAACUAUAGUUUAUGUCACGUAUACUAUAGCUUUUCAGCGCUGGCAGUGAAUUUUGGAACACAGCCUUUAUAUAAGUCCGAACCAUGAAUAUCGCCCUUAAGACAAUAAGAAAGCAGACUAAUAUGCCGUUUCAGGAAGAUAAUUCGAAAUCGAAAGAGGAGAUGGAAUCUGUUGUAUUAUUAAAACAGAAAGUAUGCAAGACGCACCAAUUAAUUUUUAUGUACUCUGAAAAACUAAAGGAAAAUGAUCGUGUGAAAUCAGAUUUAGCGAUUGCAAAAAAAGAGGCCAAACGUGUAAUUUAUGAUUACAAAUCUGCAUUGGACAAGAUAAGGGAAUUGGAGCUUAGGAUAACAAAGGCUAAACAGAUUAAUGAAGAGUUGACGAACAAAAUGAACGAUAACGAUGUGGAAAAUACUGCUAAUAAGCAAGUUAUAGAACAAUUAACUUAUAAGAUAGGAGAACUAGAAGAGAAACAUUCUAACAAAAUUAUGGAAUAUGAGUUGAACAAAUCUUCAUUUGAAGAAAGAGUAAAAAGUCUGGAACAGGAAUUAAAAAAAUCAGAGCUGAAACUAAAAAGAAUGGGGAAAAAGGUUAUUACGAAUGACAUGAAUACUGUGAAGCAUGAUAUAAAAAACCAAUCAACUUUGAACUUGGAUACCAAUGUAUCAUUGUGUGAUGAUAAAUUAAAUUGUCAACCAACAGUUGAAAGGCAGGAUAAAAGUAUUAUGACUGAUGAUUCAGCAUUUAAAUCAACUUCCUGUAUUGGGAUCCAAUCAACUUCUGAUAUUGGCGUCAAUACAUCAUUGUGCGAAUUAAAUGCGCAAUCAAAAUGUGAAACGCAAGACAAAAAUAUCAUGACUGAUGAAUUUUAUAAUACGGCAAACUAUCCAUGUCCAUUGUUUUGCGCGCAGUGUAAAGUUCAUUUACCGCAGGAUCGAAUGACUGAAAAGAUAUACAAAACAAUGAACACAUAUCCAAAAUUAAUCGAUGAUGGAGAUGUAAUGUCUCCAUCUAAAGAGGAUUCUUUGAUACCGUAUUCAUCAUCUGAUACAUACUCGGAUUUGAUGAAUAAAGAUGUUGCGUCUCCUAAAGUACUCCGUAUGUCACAUGCGAGCUCAAGUGAUGACCAAUGUGAUGACUCAAUAGUUAUCAGUGAAGCGGCACAUUCUACGAUGAUACAAAGUUGCAAAAAUGUUGAAUCGAGAGAUACAAAUACUACGGCAUACGUGCCAGCCGCAACAAAUUUACCCAAUAAUCUAAAUUUGAUUUCCGCGACAAUUAAUUUACCUGAAAAUACUAACUGCACGAGAGAAAGUUUUCAUUCGAAUUCGAAUGAUUCGCUGAUUAAACAGUCUUUGUCUAUUAAGAAAAUAAAGAAACAACUAAAAGCGUUGGAAAGUAAAAUAAAAAAGUUCCCAAAAUUGAAGAAAAAGCGAAAUAUUUCUUCUUGCCAUCACUGUGAAUACAGAAAUGGUACUUCGCUAAGUCCGAAUCUAAUUACCGCAAUCUGUAAAGGUGUACUACAAUACUCCAAUGACAGAGUGAAGAACACAUGGGUUAGAAAUGAAGGAAAGAAAUUAAGGAGGCAUAAAAAACAUGGCAUAAAAAAGAAAGAAAAGCUAAAAAAGAGAAAAGAGAGAUUAAAAAAAUAUAAUGCACGUGAAGACUCGUGGGAAUCCGAAUCUUUUGACGAAGACACUUCGCGAGACAUACUUUGCAAUAGGCUUGAUGAUGUUGCGAGAGAAAAUAAAGCUUCGCAAUUUGAGCAUAGUAUACCGUACACAACAAUACAGAAUAUAAAUAAGAAUAACUCAGUAUUAGAUGUAAAUACAUCCGAUCGACCCGUUGAUAACGAAUCUGACGAAGAGUCUAAUUUAUGGACGAGAGAAAAUCAGGAAAGUGUGUCCCAUCUGAUGGAAGUAACGUCCGCGAUAGCUAGUUCAGAUGUAAUUAUUAAUGAAAUAUCUACAAAUGAUAAUUCAUUACGCGAGGAUAAUAGAGAAUAUAUUGAUAUAGAUAAUCAAAUGGCGACCAAAACGACAGUAUUUUUAUCUAAUAGUCAGAAAUCCGUAGAUCAUGCUAACAGCAAUAUUAUUAUGACGGAAAGCGAAAUAAAGGGAGAAAGUAAAAUUAAAAAGAGCAUCGCCAGUCGUCUGCUGAAAAAGAUUAGGAAUUUGAAGAGGAAAACGCAAGCGAAUUCGCACAUGAAUAAGGAACAGAACAGUCUAUCGUGCAUCGAUACCUCCGAACAUCACGAAUUGACAAAAUUAAGAAUCGAAGGACAGAGGACUGGUAUUCAUCCCGCGCCGUUGAAGAGCAUUAUUAAUUUAAAGAGAAAAUCGAAAGAGAUGUUAGCGGACUUGUCUAUAGAUAUGCAAGAAAAUAGUGAAUCACAUUCCGGUUACCGUGAAUCAAUAAAAAAGAAGCGAAUCGCACACGUCCCAAAAUCAUCGAGCUCUUCAAUCGAGGUUCUUCAAUCGAGUAACAUUCAAAACGACUUGGCACAUCAUACUCAAAAAAUCGCAGCUAUCUUAGAAACGUCUCAACAAAAGCGCGAUGAAAGUGAACAAUUGGACACGCAAAUUCAGGAGAAUGACUCGUCAAUUGAGAACGAGAAAAGUCAUACGGUGAAGAAGAAUACUGACGGUGAAGAAGAAAAUUCGACGAAUAAUGGAGAUCUUAACACACACGACGAUAAUUUCCCUCCGUCUAACAUGAAUAUCGAGCAGGCGUCUAUGACCGUAGAGUUUGAUAAAUGCGAUAAUGUAGCAGUUGAUAGCAUAAUCGACGAAAAUACAAAUGCAUCAGCUUCUGCUGGGCCUUUGCUGCCAAACGCGAAGAUAAUCGCACAAGUGUCGAACAGUCGCGACAAAUCUGUUGUAUCGUCCAAUGAUAUCUCGUAUAACACAAUGAAGAAUUUCAAGUGUGAAAGACUUCCUAUACCAAGCACGAAUGUCCAGUUAAAAUCUCCCAGUUCUCCCAGUGCAGAUUCGAUACACGACUGUAAUGAAGAUGUUGAAGAAAAUAUACAAAUAAAACAAAUUGAAGAGGUAACGCCGACUGGCGAAUUGGAACAUACUUGCGAUACAAAUGCAGAAAAAAAUUCUGACAAUGCUGCACCGUGCGAUACAGUUUUGAAUGACGAUAGAAUUUCAUUACUAAACCAAUCAAGUGCGUUAAAGGUGUCGCAUCGCGAAAAUCAUGACGGUGACUGCAUAUCUCCAAGGCUUCGACAUUUGCCGAUAUCGAGGGAUAACCGAGUCUUCGAGGAUUGUUUAAGUAGACUCCGAAAAGACUUUACAAAUACUCCAAAAAACGCAGCUAUCUUAGAAAAAUCAUCUCAACAAAAGCGCGAUGAAAGUAAACAAUUAGACACGCAAAUUCAGGAGAAUGGCUCGUCAAUUGAGAAGGAGAAAAAUCAUAUGGCGAAGAAGAGAAACGAGAAGAAUACUGUUAAAUAUAAUAAAGUGCAUGGUCCCGAUAAUAAACCUGAUGAAGAAAAUUCGAAUAAUGGAGAUCUUCUUAACGACAAUAAUUUCUCUCCGUCUAACAUGAAUGUCGAGCAGGCGUCUAUGAUCGUAGAGUUUGAUAGCUGCGAUAAUGUAGCAGUUAAUAGCAUAAUUGACGAAAAUACAAAUGCAUCUGCUUCUGCUGAGCCUUUGCUGCUAAAUGCGAAGAUAAUCGCAGAGGUGUCGAACAGUCGCGACAAAUUGCAUGUAUCGUCCAACGAUAUCUCACAUAACAAAGUGAACAAUUUAGAAGAUGGAAGACUCAAUGUGCCAAGUAUAAAUAUUCAAUUAGAAUCUCCUAGUUAUCCCAGUGAAGAUUGGAUACACGACUGUAAUGAAGAUGUCGGAGAAGAUAUACAAAUAAAACAAAUUGGAAUUGUUGAAGAGGUAACGCCUACUGACGAAUUGAAACAGACUUGUGAUACGAAUGCAGAAAAUUAUGUGAUACCGUGUAAUACGGUUUUGAAUGACAACAGAUUAUCAAAUGUGUCUCCUCGCGAGAAUCACGACAGUAAAUGCAUGCCUUCAAGGGAUCGUUCACCGAUAUCCAGGGAUAAUCUAGGAAACCGAGUCAUCGAAGAUCGUGUUGGCAAAAUUCCAAGAGAAAACGUAGGUACGAAUCAACGAGAGGAAGUAACAAAAUGUACCGAUGUUCCUUACGAUAAUGUGGAAGAAUCCGGAACACUAAUCUCUUGGUUUGUUAAAUAUAUUAAUGAGAAACCUAUUAAACCCAAAAUAUCACGUAAACAAAUGAAACACAUUAGUACAAUAACAGAUAAUUUUGUAAAGAAAGAAUUGGAAAAACUCGCAAACAGUGCGUGGGAAGACACUGUGUAUCAUGAGGUUUUACAAAAUUUAACGAGUACCUGCGGAUCUCGUAUCAUAGCCAAAUGCAUAAUCGAAUUCUUAUCAGAGAACAAAAAUAAGAAUAUUUUGGAUAACUCGUUCACUCCUCCGGCACCACUAAUGACCACGCUUGAGCAGAAGUUUACAACAUUGUUGGUCGAUCUAGAAGUGUCAAGACCGAUGAUUAUACAUUUUGUACAAGCCGGUAUUCAAUAUAAGCUUUUCAGACUUAAUAGUGAUGUGAAGAAUUUGAAUGUAGUCGACACACUUACACGAAUGUAUGUCAUCCUGUCGCGUAUUCAAAAGGACAGGGAAAAAAUACGCAUAAUGUGCUGUGAUGCUCUUUAUUGCAUGAACCUUAAGGCAAUAAGUGUUUUGUAUAUAGUGUUGACAUGCUGGUCCGAAGUUCUUCCAAAGGCUGACACCAAUAUAGGAAUAUUACCCAAGUGUAUAGCCUUUCUUAUCGGCUGGCAACAGAUUGACGAACUGCAAAAAUCAGCAAAGAGAUCAAAGGCAUUAAAGUUAUUGAUAGUAGCAUUUUAUAAGUAUGUUUAUUCCCAAGAAACGAUAAAUGAUCUUCUUGAAGAAUUUACAAGUGCUCUGAAAGUUAAACAGACUGAUGGCUUGGACACAGCCAUCAUACUUAUAGCAAAGAAACAAGGACCAUCCUGGAUAUAUAACAAUUUCAUUUGUUCUACUUUGUUACCAAUGAUUAUUAAUCAUGAGCAUCCUUGUGUAUAUGAUGGAUUUUGUUUACUUGGUAGAAUGUUGCGCGCAUUUCCAUCAACAGCCAAGGUUGUGCAAGAUAUUAUUAAUCAAUUGCAUGAUCUCAUCAAAUCUGAGCAAGGUUCGCAUGAUCAGCAAGAAGGCGUGAUAUCUGCGUUACUCAGUCUCUCCAAACAGAAGUUUGACGUUGUCGCGUCAUGCGUGUUACAAUGGACGCCGAGUACACCUUUGAGGCCGAGCACGAUCAUGCAAUUGGAGGCAUUCAUAAGACUACGUAAAAAAGCAUUUUGGAAGUCGCACUUAAAACUCUAUAAGUCGGUAAAAAAUAAAAACUAAUAUAAAACUUGUAUUAAAAAGAUGUUUUGUUAAAAAAUAAAAAAUAAUAUAAAAC